AACGAUCAAAACAAAGUCAUGAACUUCACUCCUCCUGAUAAGUUUGCAGAAGAAUGGAAAAAGCGUAUUUCAGACAUUUCAAAUUCAGAAGUAAAGACGAGUAUAAUGAUAGCCAUUGGUGUAGCUAUUAUAACAUUCCUGGUAGUUCUGUUCUUUGGAGUAUGGAAACUGCGGACAAAAGUUUUGCCAAGCCGGACUGGGAUGCCGAGAAAACCUAGAUUUAGAAAAAGAGAUAAGAUGCUGUUUUAUGGGAGAAGAAUGUUGAGAAAGGUUAAAAGCUUUACCAAAAACACUGUUGGUUCUUUGCCACAAGGAAGAGGAAAGAUAAAGAAUAAACAACUUGUUUUAAAACUGGCCAGAAAGUUAUUACAGAUGAGGAGACAUUCAGCUUUACCCCAGCUGAGACAUAAAGAACCACCACAGUCUUUCCUAGAAACAGAUUCAUCAGAGAUUGACGAAUCAGACCACAGGCUACCCCCAGAAGUUUUAUAUAUGCUAAGAAGCACUAGGGUAUUUGGACAUUUUGAAAAGCCAUUAUUCCUGGAGUUGGUAAAACACAUGGAAACAAAGGACAUAUCAGCUGGGUCUUAUUUAUUUAGAAUUGGGGACCAAGAUGAUAGUAUUUAUGUUGUACAGAGUGGAAAGCUCAAAGUUACAAUCAAGGAACAGGACAGUACAGAAUGUCUGGUGAAGUAUGUAACAACAGGAGAAAGUCUUCAUAGUUUACUUAGUAUACUUGAUGUCUUAACUGGACAUGUACGGCCAUAUAAAACAGUCAGUGCCAAAGCAGCAGUAGACACAGUUGUCCUCAGACUACCAGCAUUAGCAUUUCAGUCCUUGUUUGAAAGAUUCCCAGAAUCUCUAGUCAGGGUAGUUCAGAUCAUCAUGAUCAGAUUACAGAGGGUAACAUUUACAGCAUUACAUAAUUACCUUGGUCUCAGUUCAGAGUUGCUUAAAUCACAAUCAGAUAAACCAAGUUUACUUUCAAUAUCCAGCAUUAGUAACCCUAACAACUGGCCAACUAGUCCACGUAAAUACAGAGGAAGUGUAGACAUAGAGAAGUCAUUAGAGGCUCCCAGAACUCCAAAGUUUUUUAUUGAUAACUCAGCUGAUAAACCUAGGACAGAUUUUGACAUUGCUUGUGAGAGAGCCGGUGUAGAGAAUGUAGGAUCCUCUGAAAUUGUAGAUGAUGGACAACCUACCCCAAAGCUUAAGGUACCAGCUGAUACUGGUACUAAGAGUCAACAUUCAGAUACCAGUCAGGAAAUAACUGAUGACCUUAUUUUACAGUUGGCAAAGAAAGAUUUGGUUAACAUUAUCAAAAUUCAGGACCAAUCCUUACUAGAUGACAAGAUGAAAGUAAGAAGAAUGAAAGGAGGACAGUCAAUAAUCAAACAAGGGGAUCAGGAUGCUAGUUUGAUAUUUGUGGUAACAGGAUCAUUGAAUGUUGUACAGCAGAUGAUUGGUGAUGAAAAGAAGGAGACACUGCUGUUUGUAGCUUUACCUGGAGAGAUUGUUGGUUCCCUUGCUGUGUUGACAGGAGAACCGUCCUUCUUUACCAUGCGUGCCAAAGUAGAUACUAUUGUAGUUACUAUAUCUAAAGUAGAAUUUUAUAGUAUUAUGAGGGAACAGCCUUCUGUAGUAUUGAAUGUAGCCCAUACCACUGCUGUUAGAAUUGCACCAUUUGUCAGACAGAUUGACUUUGCAUUAGACUGGAUGAUGAUUGAAGCUGGAAAAGCAUUAUUCAGACAAGGGGACCAGUCAGACAGUGUAUAUAUCAUACUUACAGGACGUCUGAGAUCUGUAAGAACACAUCACAAUGGUAAAAAAUCACUGGUUGCUGAGUAUGGUCGAGGAGAGCUGGUUGGCAUUGUGGAAGUACUUACAGACACUGCUAGAACAACCACUAUAAUGGCUGUCAGAGACACAGAAUGUGCCCAUUUGCCAGCUGAUUUACUGAACCUAAUCAAACGAAAGUACCCGCAAAUUGUAACAAGACUGAUACACUUGUUAGGACAAAGAAUUCUUGGUCAUAUUGAAACAAGAGAUGAAGUACACAUGAAUCUUGAUCAUGUAUCUGGUAUAGACAAAAAAGUAUCUGUGGGUAAUUUGUCUACAAUUGCAGUAUUAGCUUCCAAUCAAGAUGUGCCUUUAACUAGUUUUACUUUGGAAUUACAACAUAGUCUACAAGCUAUAGGUCUUACAACAAGAUUAACCAGUGAUAUUGUCAAACAAAACUUAGGAACUGGUGCAUUUGACAGUAUAAAUGAGUUCCGACUAUUCAACUGGCUUGGUCAACAAGAGGACAUGAACAUAAUAACAUUAUAUCAGUGUGACUAUAGCAUGACAAGAUGGACCAAACAUUGUAUCAGACAAGCUGACUGUAUAUUAAUUGUAGGUCUGGCCAAAAAUGACCCUGCAGUAGGGGAGGUAGAGCAACAGAUGGAGAACAUAGCAGUUAGAGCUCAGAAAGAGUUGGUUUUGUUACAUGAUGAGGAUGCAGAAUCACCUAAAGGGACCAUAGAAUGGUUAAAUGCUAGGGGCUGGUGCUCCUCACAUCAUCAUAUCAGAUGUCCUAAAAGGGUUCUGAAAAAACAAUCUGAAAUUAGAGUGGUUGAAAGUUAUGAGAAGGUUUAUCAAACAAAGCCUGACAGAUUGUCAGAUUUUUCACGUCUUGCAAGAUUUUUGACGGGGACAUCUGUUGGCUUAGUAUUAGGUGGUGGAGGAGCAAGAGGUCUUUCACACAUAGGAAUUGUAAAGGCCUUACUUGAGGCAGAAGUUCCAAUAGAUAUGGUAGGGGGAACCAGUAUGGGCUCUUUCGUAGGUGCUGUAUGGUGUGAAGAUAGAAAUAUAACCAGAUUUACACAGAGGUGUAGAGAAUGGUCCAUGGACAUGACUUCAAUAUGGCAGAAAGUAUUAGAUCUGACUUAUCCUGUUACAUCAAUGUUUACAGGUAAAUCGUUUAAUGUGACAUUAGAGAAAACCUUCAAAGACCGACAAAUAGAAGAUUUAUGGAUUCCAUACUUCUGUAUAACUACUGAUAUUACAAGUUCUUCAAUGAGAAUACAUACUCAUGGCAGUUUGUGGCGAUAUGUGAGAGCCAGUAUGUCACUGUCUGGAUAUUUGCCACCAUUGUGUGAUCCUAUAGAUGCCCAUUACUUACUGGAUGGAGGCUAUGUCAACAACUUGCCUGCUGAUGUUAUGAAACAAUUAGGAGCCAACUCUAUAUUUGCUGUAGAUGUUGGUAGUCGAGAUUCUACAGAGUCUUAUAACUAUGGAGAUAAAAUCUCUGGUUUCUGGUUACUGGCUAACAAAUGGAGUCCAUGGUCAGAAACAGUUAAGGUACCUGAUAUGGCAGAAAUCCAGUCUCGCUUAGCCUAUGUAUCAUGUGUACGUCAGUUGGACCAUGUUAAAAACAGUGACUAUUGUGAAUAUAUAAGGCCACCAAUAGAUAAAUAUGCCACACUGCAGUUUGGAAGCUUUGAUGAAAUAGCUGAUGUAGGUUACCAGCAUGGUAAAGCAUUACUAAAUGGAUGGAUUAAAGGUGGAUUGGUUGAUGAAUUAUUCAGACCUAAACCAGGUCAUAGAAAAGCUUUCAAAGAUCAACCACAAAUGAAGAGGGUACCGACAAUGGCACAGCCUUCACUUGCUAAGUUUACAGACCUUGCUGAGUUAGUAUCUAAAAUAGAAGAGCCUAGUCCUUCUUCUAAUGUCUCACAGAGUAGCUUUGACACCGAUGAUGAAAUGAAUGAAGUAAUGUUUAACGAUGGUAAUGAAGAAGAUGAUGAUGAUGACGAAUAUGAAGAUGAAGACGAUGACGAUGAUGAUGAUGAUGAUGACAUUGAUAUUGAGGAUGUAAUUAAUGCUGAUAUUAUAGAGGAAAAAGAGGAUGAUCUGAGUGGAGAUGACAACAGAGGAUUAAGUGUUGGAAUCAGUAAAUCUGAUGGAUCCCUGAGACUCAGAUUAGGAAAAUCAUCUGACCAAUCAGUUUAGUUUAUAUCAGAUGUGGAUAGAUCAUCUGACCAAUCAAAAACAGAUAUCAGAUGUAGACUUAUUAUCUGACCAAUCAUUAAAGAAGAUAUGAGAUGUGGACAAGAAAUACUGACAUGUAAUACUUCUUGUGUUUUAGUUAUGAAAUAUUUAUAUUCUUAAAAAGUAAAGGUUAUUUUUUAUCAAAAUGCACUUAUGUUUUCAAUUACAAAGCAUCGUACAGUCAAAAUCUAUUUUAAGUUUUAACUAUUUUUCUUGGCAGUUUUUGUCACUGACUUAGGACAUUAUUAACAUAGCUAUAUAUUUAGUAUAGAACAUUAUAGAUGGUAAAAGUGGUUUCCCAACACCCCCCAAAAAAACAAACUUGAAACAUUCAAAAGUACUAUUUUUAGGCUGUUUCAUUUUUAAAAGUGUUAAAUGAAAAUAUCUAUAUAGCAAUGAAAAAAGUGGAUUGUUUAAGGGAAAACAAUUUUAAAAUCCACACAUUUUUUAUGGUUAGAAAUGAUAAUUCAACAUUUGAUUUGUUUGUUAAAACCUAUUUAAGCCAGUAUAUGAACUUGAAUUAUUGUCAUGUAAAAUAAAUUGUUAUGAUGACCAAUGUGUUAUAUAUAGAUAUGUAACAAAUAACUUGAUUUGAAGUGUGGGUUAGUUUACUUAACAUUCAAACAAUACACAUGUUACUGGGAACAGCCACAUGACUACAUCCUCAUGAUACCAAAUUUUCAAUAAAUUGCUCUGUUUGUAUUUUCAAAAUUGUUUUGGCAUUUUUUAUAUAUUUUCCUUCUGGUAGUGUUUUAAUAAGUCUUUCUAAACAUGAGUGUUUUUUUAAUUCAAAUUACCGGAGUAUUUUUGAGUUAAAUAUGUAUUUUCAUAACAUUUUUUUUUAUUAUGAGAAAGAGGUCACAUGAAUUUGCAAAAUGUAAAAAUUGAAUACAAUGACCUCAAAGAGAACUUUUUAUCAAUCAAGUUCAAACUUUAUCAAAAUGAUAACAAUAAAAUGCAGUAUCAAUACAAAUACUUUUGUAUCUUUAAUGCACAAACUACAUAAUGUGUUUGUGCCUAAGUGAAUGUACUCAUUUAAAGGGGCAUUAGCUGUCAAAUUCAUGUUCACUGAUUUGACUCAAAUUCUCAUAUUUGACUUAUAACAUACUAAAACGUUUAUCCAAAUUAAAAAAAAGUCAAAAAUAAUCAAUUUACGAAACUUGAUAGUAUGUGUAGCAUUUCAGGUAUAUUUUAGUCUAUACGCCAUCUAAUUAACCAUCGAGGUGACCUUCCAAAGACUUGGACGGUCAUAUAACCCGAUAUAAACAUGAGCAUAGAUAUAAAUAGAUCGCAAACUCAUGCAAUUGGAUUUUUCUAAGUCUGUUUGAUUUCAUAUUAUAGGUUAAACAAUAUGUUAGUAAUCUUUUUUACCUGUAUAAGAAUGAGUUUUUGUUGAUCGAAUCGGCCAACAAAAAGGUUUACCCUUGUUUCACUUCCAAUGUUGACAUUCUUUUCCUUUUAAUAGCUGAACACGCCUAGUUCAUUCGUAACCCAUCUCUGGCUAAGGGGUUCAAUUGAAGUUCACAUGAAUACGGAUUUAAUGAGGUCGAAUUAUUCACUUGCAAGUGAAUAAUUCAUUAGCGAUGUUUCUUUGCCUAUUUUGACAAAACUAAACCAAACUGGCUGCUAAAAGUGAAUUAUUAUUUCAUUAAUGAUUGAACAAAAAAAAAAAAUCACAUUUCAUUUUUUCUAUAUCUCGUAGCUAAUGCCCCUUUAGAGGAUUCAGCUUGAGUUUGAAAUUUCUAUCGUAAUCUGACAGCAAAUAGAUAUUUAUUUUGAAAUUUGGUAUCUGUCUCUGUAAAAAGUCUUGUUUUAAAUUAAUAAUUUUGCUGCAUGUACUUUCAGUAUUCGUGAUAACCUUUCCUUCCAGAAUGAUAUACUAACAGAAGGAGAAGUAGUACACUGCUAGUGUAAUCAAUAAUGUCUUGUUUUUUGUUCACAAGUGUUGAUCUAUUUUUAUAAGUAUUUAGAUAUGUUAUUGACACAUUUAUAAUGGUGAUUUCUAUAAGCUGAUGUGCCUUAUUUAUAUGCUUUAGUUGUAUAUGCAGAUAAUACUUUUUUUCUGUUUAUUUUCUAACUGUAAAUUGGGGAAAAAAUUAGUAAUUUUCUGCUGCACUCAACACUGUAAUUUCUUCCUUAUCCUAUUGAAGAUCUAUGUAUUAUUAGAAUCUGGUAGAUGAAGAAUAACAGUUAAAGCACUGUUUCUAUAUACAUAUAUCCAAUUUCCUUGGUUAAUUGAUGAUAACCCUGUGUGUAUCACAGGUGGAAAACUUGUGCAUUUAAUUCAAGUAAUAUUUUUCUUUUGGGAUCUUCAUACAAGUGGUUAGUAGUUAAGAGACUAUUACUCAAUACUAUUUAUUCUAUACAGUUUAUUCUCUCUCUUUUCUCCAUUCUUAAUAAAGGAGAGAGCACAACAAUACAAUAUUAUUGUACAAUCCAGUCAAGGGCAUUGAUUCAAAGAUCUUGAUAUAUUGUGAUACUUUGUUAAUGUAUGUAAGUGUUUGUUGUUUUAUUUUUGUUGAUGUGUACAUGUGAUUGACUAUUGAAAAAUAAAAUUAUUUAUAAUUA